AGGAGCUCAUGCAGUGGCAGAAGGACGAGAAGACCUUGGCCAGGAAGUGCGCUUAUGCAAUCGUGAUGGACAUGCUUGCGCUGCUGAAAACUCUGCCAACCGUCGUCGACAUACACGUGCCAGACGACAGACGGAUUACGGUGUGCGGAGACGUCCAUGGGCAAUAUUACGAUCUUCUGAACAUCUGGAAGAUCAACGGGAAUCCCGCAGAGGACAACCCUUACGUCUUCAACGGGGAUUUCGUGGACCGUGGAUCUUUCUCGAUUGAGGUAAUACUGAUUAUGUUCGCGUGGAAACUGUUUUGCCCCACCUGCAUCAAUCUCUCCCGAGGCAACCACGAGACGAGAAACAUGAACAAGCUCUACGGUUUCGAGGGCGAGGUCACCAAGAAGUACGACGAGGACCUCUACCAGCUCUUUUGCGAGGCGUUCUGUGUAUUGCCCCUGUGCCAUUGCAUCAACAGCAAGAUUUUUAUUGUGCAUGGAGGCCUCAGGGCCCUUUGCUGCGAUCGUCAGCCUCAUGCCCUCCAUCUUCCCUCCCUGCCUGCCUGUCUCGACUUCUGUUUCCACUUGCCCUCCCCCUCUCCCUCCACCUCUCCAUCUCCCCUUCUCUCUCUCUGUCUCUGUCUCUUUCUCUGCCUCUGCCUGUCUGUGUCUCUCUCUCUCUCUCCCUCUCCCUCUCCCCAUCUCUCUGGAUCUCUCUGUCUCUCUGACCGCCUCUCUGUUUCUGCCUCUCCUUCCCUCUGUCUGUCAGUUUUCCUGCUUCCCUGCCUGUCUGACCAUCAGUAUGCCUGUCGGUCGGUCGGUCGGUCGGUCGGUCGGUCCGUCUGUCUGUCUGUCGGUCGGUCGGUCGGUCUGUCUGUCUGUCGGUCUGUCAGUCGGUCUGUCUGUCUGUCUGUGUGUCUGCGUGUCCGUGUGUUUGUGUGUCUGUGUGUCUGUGUCCGUGUGUCUGUCUGUCUGUCUGUCUGUCUGUCUGCCUGUCGGUCUGUCCGUCCGUCCGUCCGUCCGUCCGUCCGUCCGUCCGUCGGUCGGUCGGUCGGUCUGUCGGUCGGUCUGUCUGUGUGUCUGUCUGUCUGUCUGUCUGUCUGUCUGUCUGUCUGUCUGUCUCUCCCCCUCUCUCCCUAUCUCUCCCUUUCUCCCUUUCUCUCUCUGCGGCCCUGGCGGGACACGGCCGCACCAGCCUAG